UUGAUUCUAAGACACUGUCUGUCAUUAUUACAUGCGUGGCAUUAAAGCACACUACUUAACGGUCCAAAAAAAUUCCUGAUUUUUGCCUACGUGUCAUCUCCCAUCUCCUCUCUCAGUCCCCCUCCCGCCAUUCUCUCUCUCCCUCUCACUAACCACAGAUCAAUGCUUUUUGCAUUUUCCUGGGUUCUCUCAUUUAGAAAAAAAAGAAGAAAAAAAAAAAAGCGAAUUGAUCUUUCCCGCAAGACUUUCGAUCUCUCGUGUUUUGAUUAAGUUAAUUAUAUAGAGACAUGGUUAGGAAUUUAGAGAGGAGAAGAACACCGCCUGGGAUUUUGCUUAUUAGAAGAAUAAGAGGUAAAGAUUGGAAUUUGAAUACUUAUAGAUAUGUAAUUUUGUUGGUUACCUUCGUAGCAUAUACUACUUAUCAUGCAUCAAGAAAACCCAGUAGCAUAGUCAAAAGUGUUUUAGAUCCUGAGCCCAAAAAAGCAUCAGGUGAUGGGUAUCCUUGGCCAAUUGGGAACGUUUUUAUUAAAGAGGAAUUUGUAAUGGGUAGACAUGGAAAUAAGGGUUGGCAUCCAUUUAAUGGACCAGAUGGUACAUCAAAAUUGGGUGAGAUUGAUGUUGCUUUUCUUGCUUGUUACUCAUUGGGUAUGUAUGUUGCUGGUCAUUUAGGUGACACAUUGGAUUUAAGGUUGUUUUUGACAUCUGGUAUGAUUGGUAGUGGUAUUUUUGUUGGUUUGUUUGGAAUGGGAUACUUUUGGAAUAUACAUGUCUUUUGGUUUUAUUUGCUUAUGCAAAUGCUUGCCGGCUUGUUUCAAGCCACAGGCUGGCCAUCUGUUGUAGCUGUAAUUGGUAAUUGGUUUGGAAAAAGAAAAAGAGGACUGAUAAUGGGUGUUUGGAAUGCACAUACUUCAGUUGGGAACAUCAGUGGGUCUCUUCUUGCUGCUAGUGUAUUGGAUUAUGGAUGGGGUUGGUCUUUUAUACUUCCAGGUGGAUUUAUUGUAAUGGGUGGCAUAUUAGUCUUCUUGUUCUUGGCUGCUUAUCCAGAGGAUGUAGGAUUUCCUUUUAUUAAUGCCUCAACAACAGCAACGGUAGAUGCUGUGCCUAGUGAUAUGGAGGCUCAGACACCAAAACAAACUACAGAACAGGAGAAUAAUGACAUUGCUCGAUCUGGAUCCACGUUUAGGAAAGGAGUUGGGCUUCUUGAAGCUUGUUUGAUACCAGGAGUUAUACCAUUUGCCUUAUGCUUAUUUUUCUCCAAGCUUGUGGCUUAUACAUUUUUGUACUGGCUCCCAUUUUAUCUUAGCCAAACAGAAAUUGGUGGAGAGUACAUGUCUGUGAAGUCUGCUGGAAAUCUAUCUACGCUAUUUGAUGUUGGGGGCAUUGUUGGUGGGAUCCUUGCUGGUUACAUCUCUGAUAAACUUAGAGCUCGAGCUAUUACAGCAACCAGUUUUAUGUAUGCUGCAAUUCCUUGCAUGUAUUUGUACCGACAGUAUGGUAGUGUAUCGAAGACUAUGAACGUUAUACUUAUGAUGAUUGCCGGCUUAUUUAUAAAUGGGCCAUAUGCACUCAUCACCACUGCAGUUUCUGCUGACCUUGGCACACACAGUUCUUUGAGAGGGGAUUCUCGGGCCCUGGCUACUGUGACUGCCAUCAUUGAUGGUACUGGCUCAAUUGGUGCAGCUCUUGGUCCUCUUUUCACUGGGUUUCUUUCAACAAUGGGAUGGGAUGCAGUUUUUAUGAUGCUGAUGGUUGGUGCUCUUGUUGCUGGGCUUCUUUUAUCACGUCAGGUUGCAACUGAAAUUUCUGAGAAAACUAGUAAAAUAAUGCCUUCAUCUAGUGGAUUGCAAAGUAAUGAAGCUCCUGCAUCCCAACCACUUUUAAGCGAUCAAAAGUGAGAAUCAGGUAAGGCCUAAUGAAGCUUUACACAAAUGAGAGAAACAAGAACCAAGUACAAGGCUAGGAUAACCAGAAUACUCGAGUAAUCGUCUAAUCUAUCAAACUGGAAAGAUAUGAUACUCUGUUAGAUUUUGAUGGCUGUUGCCAAAGUUGGUACUAUUAUGCUAGUCCAUUUUCUGUAAUAUGCAUAUACUGAUGAAGCAGUGUAUAGGAGUUUAUCUAUUUUGGAAAGAGGAAACUGAGAAUGUGCUGGUUUCCAUUUGAGGAUCCAAAUAUGAGUUGUUCCAGUGACUGAAAAAACCUGACUUGGUGCCAUGGGUGCUGUUUUUGGUUUCUGUAUUUGUUUAAUUAUAAUACCGUUGGAUUGUAAAUUAUAUUUCGACACAGGUAAACCAUUUUCAUGAGACA